ACAGCGAUGGCGGACGGCGGCGGGCUUCGACCCCUGCAGGCGGCCAUGAAGCUCGCCAACGCGGCCGUGGGGCUCGAAGCCGGGGAGAGGCACAGGGAGGCUUAUUGCGAAUAUCUGCGAAGCAUCGGCUACAUUUCGCAGACGCUGCUGGAAGAUGCGGUGUCGAAACCGGACGGAGAGAUGGCGACGGCGGAGGUCGAGCGGAUGCUGCGAUUGGCCGAGCAGUGCCUCGAUCGGGUCAAAUCCUACGCCGGGCGGAGGAGCGACGUCACUUCCUCGUCUGGCCCCGCCUCCCUCCCCGCCCCCAACGCCGACGCGCCCAAAAGGGAGGCAGCGUCCCCCCGAAAAGCCUCCCCCCACCCGGCGCCGGGGCACCGGCGGGUCCUCUCCGACGGCAGCCCGGUCGGGGACGGGUUCGCGGCCCCUUUCCUCCCGCCGGAGAUCUUCCACAAGCUCCAGGAGGCCGAGUCUUUCGACGCCAAGAAGUGA